AGCUGGCAAGUGUUCAUAAGUCAGCCCUAGAAUUAUGUAGGUUGAAGGCUCCCAGUGGACAGACCAAACAUAUAAGAAGGAAACCAGAGAUCUGGUGCUAUUACGUCCCAGCGUCUGAGAGAACGAGUAAGCACAGAAUUCAAAGCAUUCUGCAGCCUUAAUUUUUAAGGAGUGUGUUUAGGCACUAAGCAAGCUGAUUUAUGAUUACUGCUUUAAACUUCAACAACCAAAGGCAUAAGAACUAGGAGCUGCUGACAUUUCAAUAUGAAGGGCAACUCCACCCUUGCCACUACUAGCAAAAGCAUUACUAGCAGUCUUCACUUCGGGCUUGUGACCAUCUCUGGCAACAAUGAGUCUACCUUGAACUGUUCACAGAAACCAUCAGAUAAGCAUUUAGAUGCAAUUCCUAUUCUCUACUACAUUAUAUUUGUAAUUGGAUUUCUGGUCAAUAUUGUUGUGGUUACACUGUUUUGUUGUCAAAAGGGUCCUAAAAAGGUUUCUAGCAUUUACAUCUUCAACCUUGCUGUGGCUGACUUACUCCUUUUGGCUACUCUUCCUCUCUGGGCAACCUAUUAUUCUUAUAGAUAUGACUGGCUCUUCGGACCUGUGAUGUGCAAAGUUUUUGGUUCUUUUCUUACUCUGAACAUGUUUGCAAGCAUUUUUUUUAUCACCUGUAUGAGUGUUGAUAGGUACCAAUCCGUUAUCUACCCCUUUCUGUCUCAAAGAAGAAAUCCCUGGCAAGCGUCUUAUAUAGUUCCCCUUGUUUGGUGUAUGGCCUGUUUGUCCUCAUUGCCAACAUUUUAUUUUCGAGAUGUCAGAACCAUUGAAUACUUAGGAGUGAAUGCUUGCAUUAUGGCUUUCCCACCUGAGAAAUAUGCCCAAUGGUCAGCUGGGAUUGCCUUAAUGAAAAAUAUCCUUGGUUUUAUUAUCCCUUUAAUAUUCAUAGCAACAUGCUAUUUUGGAAUUAGAAAACACUUACUGAAGACGAAUAGCUAUGGGAAGAACAGGAUAACCCGAGACCAAGUCCUGAAGAUGGCAGCUGCUGUUGUUCUGGCCUUCAUCAUUUGCUGGCUUCCCUUCCAUGUUCUGACCUUCCUGGAUGCUCUGGCCUGGAUGGGUGUCAUUAAUAGCUGUGAAGUUAUAGCAGUCAUUGACCUGGCACUUCCUUUUGCCAUCCUCCUGGGAUUCACCAACAGCUGCGUUAAUCCAUUUCUCUAUUGUUUUGUUGGAAACCGGUUCCAACAGAAGCUCCGCAGUGUGUUUAGGGCUCCAAUUACUUGGCUCCAAGGGAAAAGAGAGAGUAUGUCUUGCCGGAAAAGCAGUUCUCUUAGAGAAAUGGAGACCUUUGUGUCUUAAACCUGAGAGCAAAAUGCAUGUAACCAACAUGGCUACUUGCUUUGAGGCCCGCCAGAAUUAUUUUAAGUGGUUUUAAUUAAAUAAUACAUUUUCCCCUAAUCUAAUCUUUUCUGAAUCUUCUGAAACCAAAUGUAACUAUGUUUUAUCGUCCAGUGACUUUCAGGAGUUGCCCAUUGUUUUUCUGAUAUGUUUAUACAAGAUUGUCAUUGGUGAGACAUAUUUACAACCUAGAAGUAACUGGUGAUAUAUCUCAAAUAGUAAUUAAUGAUAGAUUGUGAAUAAUGAUUUGGGGUUUCAGAGUUCUCUUUGAAACAUGCUUGUGUUUCUUAGUGGGGUUUUAUAUCCAUUUUUAUCAGGAUUUCCUCUUGAACCAGGACCAGUCUUUCAACUCAUUGCAUCAUUUACAAGACAACAUUGUAAGAGAGAUGAGUACUUCUAAGUUGAGUAUAUUAUAAUAGAUUAAUACUGGAUUAUUCAGGCUUUAGGCAUAUACUUCUUUAAAAAGGCUAUAAAUUAUAUUCCUCUUGCAUUUCACUUGAGUGGAAAUUUAUAGCUAAUCUAUAAUUACAUAUUGAGUAGGGCUAGAAAUAUAGAUUAAAUCAUACUCCUAUGUUUUAGCUUAUUUUUACAGUUAUAGAAAGUAAAAUGUACUGUAACAUAGAAUUGCAAUCAAUGAUAUUUGUGUGUUCACUAAACUCUGAAUAAGCACUUUUUCUAAAAAAAAAUCUUUCUAUUCAUUUUAAUGAAUGUUUAAAGGUUGCUAUUUUCUCUGAUACUUUUUUGAAAUCAAUAAACACUGUGUAUUGUUAUAAAAUGUAAAGGUUACUUUUUACAUCCUUGACUUUUUAGAUGUGGUGCUUUGAUAUACAGGACACUGAUUUGAUUUUUAUUAUUAAUGCUUUCGUUCUGGGUUGUUUCCUAAAAUAUCUGGGUGGCUUUAAAAAAAAACUCUUUAACUUGUAACAAACCCUUAACUGGCAUAGGAAAUGGUAUCCAGAAUGGAAUUUUGCUACAUGGGGUCUGGGUGGGGGGUGAAGAGACCCAGUCAAUUACAUGUUUGGUACCAAGAAAGGAACCUGUCAGGGCAGUGCAAUGUGACUUUGAAAAUAUACACCAUGGGGGUAAUUUUACCCUAUAUCUGUAAACACUAUUUGUUUCAGAAUCUGUAUGAUUGUGUAGAGUUGUUUUAAACCAAUUGCAGGUCUAGAUAUCUCCUUCUCAACACUAUUAAAGCUCCUAAAUUAGAGGAGUGCCUAAAACUGAGUUACCUAAAGUUUACUUACACUAAAGUAUGAAUAUUAAUUUUAGAAAUUUGAGACUUCAUUCUGUACCAGCCCUCUAUAAUAACAGGUUAUCUAGGACCUUCCUCUGAGGUAGGUCUAAAUACUGAUCUCUGAGUUGGAACUGAUGUUUUGGGGGCUCAGCAUCUCUGCCAGGUUCCAGGAUUAUAGACAGAAGAAUCCUGUCAUACCACUUUCUGAAAAAGUCCUAAUUUCAUGUAAUCCUUUUAUUUUCAGUAAAAACAAAUAACUAAAUGUAUAACCAACUAUGAUGUCAUGUUUUAAAUAAUUUUGUAAAACAUCUCAUAUAAAUAAAAUUUUUAAUUGGAAGAAAUCUGUGCUUUUUAAAAAUUUUUUAAACUACUUCUAAGUAUAUAUUCUUACCUUCACUUGUAUUUGUAUCCUCCAUUUUAUCUCUACUGAUACUCCUUAGUUUCAGCUCUGAUUAUUACUCACUUGGCUUCUUGCCAUACUGUUCAAGUCUUCCUCUCUUGAGUAUUCUGCCAUAAUUUCCCAUUAGCUAUGAAAGCAAAAUCCAACUUUCCUUGAGUCUGGAAGACCUUGUGAGAUGUGACUCUUCCUAGUCUUUCUGGACUUUUUCUCUCUGUCACCCUUCUUCAAACCCUAUGUUUAAGCACCAAAAAGUGACUUAAUGCUUUUUAAAGCCUAAUGCCCUUUCAUGCCUCUCUGCUGUUGUUCACACAGCUCUGUCUUCCUAAACACCCCUCCAAUAAUUCUCACCUCCUCAGGGCUUCACAUUCAACUGAUGAAAACCUGCUCAACUUUCAACAUUCAGCUCAUGCUAUUUCCUCUACCAUAAUAAUAAUAAUUAUACUAAUUAUAACACUACACCCCUAGAAUUUCCCUUAAUGAACAGAAUUACUUCUCUAGUUAUUGGGAUGUUAAGCCUGACUUCUGCUUUUAUAGAAGCCCAAUGUUGAACCCUGAGUAGUAGCCUCCAAGUGGUUUUUCUUGGGACUAAGAAGAAAUGCCAGUUGAGAGGAUGGUACAAGAAUGUGUGAACUCUUGCUUUAGGAAUGUAUGUACAAAGGUGUACUUGUCCGCUUUUCUCUUUGAAAAUGUAAAUUUCGGGUAAGCUUCUCAGAUAACAAAUGAAAAUGUUUUUCUUCUCAUUUGGCCACUUUUCAAGGUAUUAUGCAAUAUCCUUUCCUUUUCAUGGCCCCACCUUUUCUCAACUCACCGAACACAAUGCCUGGGAAGCAUAUAACAACAACAACAGGAAUCUGAGGCUGGGAAACUGUCUGAUGUCCUCACAUAUCAACAAGAGAAAACUCCAAACUUGACAAGAAACCUAAGCUCAAUACACCGAUGUGUACAGAAUACAGUUGGCACAAACCCAUUUGCCUGAAAAAUUGGAACCAUCAAACUGUUGUGAAGCCCUGAUAUUUCCAGCUAUAGCCUUCCUUCACCUAUUUACAUUCAUAUAACAAAAAUGUACAUGGAAGUGAUUACCAAAAAAUUACAAAAAAAAUCUUCUACUCCAACUAUUUGUGAUGUCCUAACAGCUUGAAACAUUUGUGAAUAACAGAUUUGAAAUGACACUUUUUCUAUCUCCUAGAAAAAAGCAAAACUAUGCCUCAUUGUAUAUGCUGUUAUCUAUUCUUAUGGACUGAAUUACAACCUUCCUUCACACCCAAAAUUCAUAUAUUCAAUCCUCAAACCCCAAUGUAAUGAUAUUUGGAAACUUUUUGAGGUACUUAAGGUUAAAUGAUGUCAUAAAGGUGAAGUCUUAAUCUGAUAGGAUAGUAAUCUUGUAAGAAAAAAAAAGAUACCUCUGUCUCUCUCUUCACACAUUCACAAUGAGAAAAGGUUAUGUGAGUAUAUAGCAAGAAAGAAGCCAUCUGCAAGACAGAAAGAGAAUCCUCCAAACAUGCUGGCAUGCUAAUUUUAAACUUUCAGUCUCCAAAACUGUGAGAAAAUAUAUUCUGUUGUUUAAGUGACUCAGUCUGUGGUAUUUUG